AUGGAUUACCAAGGAAACAAUCUUAGUGAUUUCUUUCAAGCUAAUGGGCAUUUGGUACUUAAAAGAGUGGACAACAACUACAAACUGCGGUCUUUCACUGAAAAGGAGAUAGAGCACAUUACAGACAGAUAUAGCACUUCGCUUGGUAGUGGCUCGUUCGGUGAUGUCUACAAAGGAAGAUUAGACGAUCAACGUCCAGUCGCAGUAAAGAGGUACAAAAAUGGAACCAAGAAAGAGGAGUUCGCCAAGGAGGUGAUAGUGCAUUCCCAGAUAAACCACAAGAAUGUUGUCAGAUUGUUAGGCUGCUGCACGGAGGAAAAUGCCCUUAUGAUUGUUAUGGAGUUUGUCUGUAAUGGAAACCUCUACAACAUCCUUCACUGUAGCAAUGCUGAUGGUCCUAUACUCUUCCCUUUGGACAAACGUUUGGACAUCGCUAUUGAAUCAGCUGAAGCACUAUCAUGCAUGCAUUCAAUGUACAGUCCUGUCCUUCAUGGUGAUAUUAAACCUGCCAAUAUACUGUUAGAUGAAAAGUACUUGCCAAAGCUAUCUGAUUUCGGAAUAGCAAGGCUGCUUUCUACUGAUGAGGCCCAGCGUACCAAAAUUGUUAUUGGUUGCAUAGGUUAUGUAGACCCUUUGUUUUGUCAGAGUGGGAUUCUAACUACAAAGAGUGAUGUAUACAGUUUUGGAGUUGUUCUAUUGGAAAUGAUUACCCGAAAGAAAGCGACGGACGGGACUACUAGUCUUACUCAAUGUUUCGCCGAGGCAAUGGGAAGUGGGAAGAAGGUGAGACAACUGUUUGAUGUGGAAAUUACCUAUGACAAGAAGAAGAUGAAAUUGAUCGAAGAAAUUGUGAAGCUAGCAGUUACAUGCUUGAGACUGGAUGAUAAAAUGCGUCCGACAAUGGUUGAGGUAGCAGAUAGACUUAGGAGGAUUAGAAAAGCUCUCCCGAAGCACAAGGGUGAAAGCUCUACAGGCCCCCCCUAUGCGGACAUCAAUAAUUGGCACAUAAGAAGAGGAAAUGCACAGGAUGUACCAACUAUUUCCCUUGAUGAAAUGAAGAAAAUAACAAGGAACUUCAGUAAUGGUGCUCUAAUAGGAGAGAGUUCGCAAGGCAGAGUUUUCUUCAAAGUGUUAAAAUAUGGACCGGAAUCUGCAUUCAACUCUUCUCAAGAAAUUGAUUUGAAGAUUGAAGCAAUUUCGAGACUGAAACACGAGAACGUUGUCCAACUUCUCGGAUGUUGGGUCGAAGGAGACGAAUAUGUUCUUGCAUAUGAGUAUACAUUGGGUGGCACCUUGCAUGAUAUCCUUCACAGCAAGGGUAAAAAGGGUGUCAGGGGAGCCAAGUCAAGGGCAGCUCUAUCAUGGAUGCAGCGAGUGAAGAUUGCCUUAAGUGCAGCAGAAGGGCUGGAGUUCCUCCAUCACAAGGCAGAGCCUCAGGUCACCCAUGGUAACAUCAUAUCCAGCAAGAUACUUCUCUUUGACAACGACAUCGCAAAGGUUGGCGACGCUGGUAUCUCCAAUGUGUUGGUCAGUGACAACAUGAGUAGAUGUCAUAGUUUUAGAUGUGGCCUUGACCUGGAUCGUAUGGAUGGUCAUGGUUAUCACGAGGAUGAUUACCAUGUCGAUUUAUAUUCUGCUACUGGACAGUGCAACACAAAGAGUGAUGUAUAUGCCUUCGGGGUUGUGCUGCUGGAACUUUUAACCGGUCGUAAGGCAGUUGAUCAUACACUACCCCGCGGCAGGCAGAGCCUCGUGACAUGGGUAUGCACCCUUGGCGAGAAGGGCCUAUGCACCCAUUGUGACAAGAACCCCUUUAUAUGGGCAUACAUCAAUUCUAUGGAAGAUAAUGUGUUGACAGAAACAAGUCUUAGUGAAGAUAAGGUGCAGCGAUGCGUGGAUCCAAGGCUUGAAGGAGAUUACCCUCACAAUGCUGUUACCAAGAUGGGUGCGAUCGCAGCGCUAUGUGUGCAUUAUAAUCCAGAUCUCCGACCAAACAUGAGCACUGUCGUCAAGGGUCUGAGACAAUUGCUGCACAGCGAGCCAUGUGACUUGGUGUCAUGA